AUGAACCUGGAGGGCGGCAGCCGAGGCGGCGAGUUCGGCAUGAGCUCCGUGAGCUGCGGCAACGGGAAGCUCCGCCAGUGGCUCAUCGACCAGAUCGACAGCGGCAAGUACCCGGGGCUGGUGUGGGAGAACGAGGAGAAGAGCAUCUUCCGCAUCCCCUGGAAGCACGCGGGCAAGCAGGACUACAACCGCGAGGAGGACGCCGCCCUCUUCAAGGCUUGGGCACUGUUUAAAGGGAAGUUUCGAGAAGGCAUCGACAAACCAGACCCUCCCACCUGGAAGACACGCCUGCGAUGUGCUCUGAACAAGAGCAAUGACUUUGAGGAGCUGGUGGAGCGGAGCCAGCUGGACAUCUCGGACCCCUACAAAGUGUAUCGGAUUGUCCCCGAGGGAGCCAAGAAAGGAGCAAAGCAGCUGACCCUGGAGGACCCGCAGCUGCCCAUGAGCCACCCGUACGGCAUGCCGGCUCCUUACUCCUCGCUGCCUGCUCAGGUUCACAACUACAUGAUCCCGCCCCACGACCGGGGCUGGAGGGAGUUCGUCCCCGACCAGCCGCACGCAGAGAUCCCAUAUCAGUGUCCCGUGACCUUCGGACCCCGCGGCCACCACUGGCAAGGCCCAGCCUGUGAAAAUGGUUGCCAGGUCACAGGAACCUUUUAUGCUUGUGCCCCGCCUGAGUCCCAGGCCCCCGGGAUCCCCAUAGAGCCAAGCAUAAGGUCUGCCGAAGCCUUGGCCCUCUCAGACUGCCGGCUCCACAUCUGCCUCUACUACCGGGAAGUCCUGGUCAAAGAGCUGACCACAUCCAGCCCCGAGGGCUGCCGGAUCUCCCACGGCCACACCUUCGAUGCCAGCAGCCUGGACCAGGUCCUCUUUCCCUACCCGGAGGACAACAGCCAGAGGAAGAACAUCGAGAAGCUGCUGAGCCACUUGGAGAGGGGCGUGGUGCUCUGGAUGGCCCCUGACGGGCUUUAUGCCAAGAGACUGUGCCAGAGCAGGAUCUACUGGGACGGGCCCCUGGCACUGUGCAGCGACCGGCCCAACAAACUAGAGAGAGACCAGACCUGCAAGCUGUUUGACACGCAGCAGUUCCUAUCAGAGCUGCAGGCAUUCGCGCACCACGGCCGGCCGCUGCCGAGGUUCCAGGUGACUCUGUGCUUCGGGGAGGAGUUCCCAGACCCUCAGAGGCAGCGUAAGCUCAUCACUGCCCACGUUGAGCCUCUGCUAGCCAGACAGCUGUACUAUUUCGCUCAGCAAAACAGCGGACACUUCCUGAGGGGCUAUGACCUGCCCGAGCACGUCGGCGGCCCGGAGGACUUCCACAGGCCCCCGCGCCACUCGUCCAUCCAGGAGUGA